CUAAAGAGAGUGACGGAGCGCUUUACGACAGUUGCUUUGUGGCAGCAGAGGCAGAGGAAGAUGGCGGCCGCCUUAGCUGUUCGUGGAGGGGCCUCCGCACCGGCCUUUGGGCCGGAGGCUCUCACCCCAGACUGGGAAAACCGGGAAGUCUCCACAGGGACCACGAUCAUGGCUGUGCAGUUUGAUGGGGGCGUGGUUCUAGGAGCAGACUCAAGAACAACCACUGGGUCCUACAUCGCCAACCGAGUGACUGACAAGCUGACCCCUAUCCAUGACCGGAUCUUCUGCUGCCGCUCAGGCUCAGCGGCUGACACCCAAGCAGUAGCUGAUGCUGUCACUUACCAGCUCGGGUUCCACAGUAUCGAACUGAAUGAGCCUCCACUAGUACACACAGCCGCCAGUCUGUUUAAGGAGAUGUGUUACCGGUACAGAGAAGAUCUGAUGGCGGGAAUCAUCAUUGCAGGCUGGGACCCUCAAGAAGGAGGGCAGGUGUACUCAGUUCCCAUGGGGGGUAUGAUGGUAAGGCAGUCGUUUGCCAUUGGAGGCUCUGGGAGCUCAUACAUCUAUGGCUAUGUUGAUGCUACCUAUCGGGAAGGCAUGACCAAGGACGAAUGUCUGCAAUUCACUGCCAAUGCUCUCGCUUUGGCUAUGGAACGGGACGGCUCCAGUGGAGGGGUGAUCCGCUUGGCAGCCAUUCAAGAGUCAGGGGUAGAACGGCAGGUGCUUUUGGGAGACCAGAUACCCAAAUUCACCAUUGCUACUUUACCCCCUCCCUGAAUCCUAAUGUUAGGGUAUAUUAAAAGAUAUUCAUACUGAUAGAAAAGUUAAUAAACAGUUUGUCAAAGA